UGGAAAUAGUAAACGGUGUAUUUAUUGUAUAAGAAUUGAAGAAGUCAGGGGUACAAGCCUAGUUUUCUAUGAAUGUGCAAGAGUAAGUAAAGAGAACGGGACAGUCAGUGGCAUGAACACCGCGCGUUGCUUCAAGUGUCGGCCAGUCUCAGUCGCUUCUUGAGGUGUGAAACUGGUGGCCGCAGACUCCAACGCCGCGCCGCACCCUGCCGCCAGCCCACGAGGAGCAAGUGAGGAGAGCAUCUGUAUCUUGACGUAAUCUCACCCUCAAGAAAAGCAUAACUGCAUUUAGAGUGCAUUCAAAGGCUUUUUGAUAUUGUGUUGCCUACAUCUCCUCAACUUGCCGUAAUGAGCUGGGGAGUCUGCUAGAAAACAUGACGUUCACCUCAAGGAAGAGAAACCGUGAACUAUACAACGAGCCUUUUGUUACUGACGGAGGAGGCUCUUGUGUGCCCCGUCGCCUCCCUGAGUUACUCUAAGACUUGACUGAACUUACCAUUUUUACUCAAGUACUUUACUAAGAAAACAUUAGAGUGACAGUGUAUCAUAAAAGUGGAACUGUGUGCUAAGAUUGAAAGACUGAAUGUACAGGAAGACUUUAAUUUAAUUCUUAGUCACUUAUCGACUUUAACAAGUUUCUGAACAUUUCUCCUACGCCUUAAGUCUGACACUAGAGCUGUACGUACAUUCCCAGUGUGCAAGUCAACUAUCAGUCUUCUUCCGUCAUCCAAGUACUGUUAACAAGGAACUCGGGAAUUUGAGAAGGAAAAAAAAUCCUUUCAUCAUUCUUCGUCACCUCAAUAUCGUCUUGUCCCUUCUGUUGUCGAUCCUCGCCCUAGAUAUCCUUCCAUCCCUUCUCUUCUCCCUCCAUUGUCAUCUUCACAUCCCUCUCUCUCAUCCCACCCUUAUUUCCUUCACAUCUACUCCAACAUAGUUCCUGCUUGUUUCAUCUUUACCUUCCCAUCACCUUUCCCCUCCUCACCGCCACCAUGGGUUGCAGCGAGAGCAAAGACUUACAACAAAUCAGCGUAUCAAAUGCACAGAAAAAACUCGAGUCAUCUCUGGAAGGUUUGGAGGUUGUUAGGAUGACCUCCUCGGCGACCUCCUCCGGCCAGGGUUCCUCGGUACCUCACACGCCAGAGGAAAAGGAUCAACAAAGAGCCAGAGAGAGUCCCUCCGGAAUUCCAACCUCCCUCGAAAACAUUCCAACCAACGACUUAGGGGAAUCGCUGGACUGUAGGAGAGCCGCCACUUGGUACCAUUCUUCCAAAGGGGCCUCCGCCUCCCUGCCCACCACCUCCACCUCCACCAGAAGCGUUGACUCCAGCGAUUCAGGAAUUUACGACCUGGACGAUGACUAUUCCUUCGUCAUCACGGAAAACUCCCCGCCCGAGCUGGUGCGCCGCGUGGAGGCAGACUUCACCCCCAUCGAGAACCUGGACCUUACGGUGACGGGGAAGCAGUGUCCGCGCCUGCUCAGCGGCUAUCAGAAGGCGCGGCAGGAGGAGCAGGCUAUUCUGGCGUCGCUGAGGGAGGAGGGUUUCAUCGCCACCUCCAAGCAGAAGUGCAGCUCCGGCAUCGCCUUUGAAAUCAUUGAAGCCACGCCGGCCACCGAGUCAGCAGGAUCCAGCAAGAUCAAGCCCAAGGACUUCCUUCCGGAGGGGACACGGCAACACCUCGAGUCCCAGAGGAAUAAGUUCAACCUACGAGAUUUGACUCACGCUGACGUAAGGAUGAAAAUGGAGAUGGCAGACAUGAGGCGGCAGGCUGAGCUGACGUCGAAGAAGGAGAAAAUGGCUGCUCUCUGCAAGAACGAGAACUCUGAGGAGAAGAAAGUAAAUGAUCUACGGGAGAAGUUGACGCAGCAAAGAAGCUCGGCGCUGGAGAAAAGGGAAGCACACUUGAAAGAGCUCCGUGACAAGCUGCAGGCGCAGAACAAGAAAGCCAAGCAGGUGAAGCUCAAAAAGAUGAUAAACGCCCCUCCUGUACCCGUCCCCUUGGGCCCCACUGCUCAGGUCUUCCUCGGCUCAAACAACGACGACAGCUUUUUCGACUGAGUAAUCCCAGCUUGAUAUCCUGGUUAUACAGAUUUAUAUCUAUCUCAAUGAAUGUCCGAAUCGUGAAGCUGUGUAGAUGAUUUAAAAUGUCAUAAAUGGAAUUCUGCGUGUGUUUAUGGAAGUGAAUGGAUGUACAGAAAGCAUCAGAAUAUGUUAAUGAAUGGAAACUUGUGCAUGAGACAGCACGAAAACAUGUUUGGAAUGUGGCCUGGAAUGUGGCCUGUCUGUGCACAUGUAGCGUGUGGUUGAUGGAAAGGGAACCACAUGUGUGGUGCACACCUACACGUUUGACAGAGUGAAUGAAAUUACUGAAGUCGUACUAUUAUUGUUGAAAAAAAAAAAUUUGAUAAAGAACACGACGUGUUCACGUCUAGAUUCCAGGAUGUCCAGGUGAAAGUGUGGACCUGGAUGAAUAGGAAAAAACUGAUUAUAAAUUAUAAUAAAUACGAAAAAUUCCAACUGAAACAUUUUUUUUUCGGAAAGAAUAUUUUCAUCGUGAAAAAAAAAUGUUAAUGAAUGAUUAUCUCUCCAUCCAUGAUUGUUGUCAGAAAAAUCUUAACAUGUUUUGGUGCAUGCUGCGUUUUGUAUGAAUAUUACAAGGAUAGAAAUAUGACGUACCUAUACGUACGUAUGUAUAUUAAUGCAUAUUAGGUCAGUAGAUCAUGUAAUAUAUGCCAUGAUCGUUGCGUGAUUCGUACAAACUUAGUCAGUAGUGUUAAGUGGUCCAUAACUAGUGGCAAGUCCAGGGGGAGGGUGUAGCGGCAAGACCCGAACACAGCACGUGCCCAGCGUGUCGCAUGAACACGUGUGCCUGUCCAGGAAACACGUACCUUUUCCUGACCUGAGGUGGUGUACUAAUACUAUGCCGUCCUUCCUCGGUGAGUCUUUUUAAUAAGGUCUGAUGUGCCUUAACCCCUUCCCCCAAUACGUACUGUAAGGAUAUACCGCGCACUUCAUUAAGGGACCUGCUCCACGCCCUCCCCCCACCAGCCGGGCAGGACCCGCCGCUGCUGCUUGUGUCAGUAGGCAGUACUAAUGGUAUCAGUAGAGACGAUUGAUGUCAACUUCUAGUCACAAUGUAAAACAUAUAAUGCCAAGUAAGUUAUAUGUCCUAAGUUUCAAAAUGUGUAUUUAAAUAAACGUUGUAAGUCAACCUGAGGCAGUUUUAUUUUCUUCUGAAAAACUGUCAAGUAUUUUCAACAUUAUGGAGUUAAAUUACUUGUGAUGAUUAUAACAAAUGCUAAGGAAAAGAUAUGCAUUCCUUUCUAAGCUUGAAUAUUGCAUGUAUAAUAAUAAUUUUACUAGUUUUGCCCUAAGCUCCUGGCGUCGUCAGGUGCUUUGUAGUAAAGUAUUACUACACACUCCACAAUAUGCCAUAGACUAUCAGUGUAGUACGUGUGGGUUAUGUAUUGUAUUAAUGCAUAUUACGUGUAUGUGGCAACACUGUAUUUCUCUGCGCAUUCAGCUAGCGCGUGAGCCUUUGCUCCCGAGUCGCUACUGGCCGCCAUUUCCUACCCUUUGUAGCUCUAAGGACAAGUAAAGAAUCUACGUGUA